AUGAUUACCAGUAUUCUAUCAUCACCGGCAUUCUUUGCGGUUUUCCUCUUUGCCACUAGCUUCCUUUGGACCUUUCCUGAAGUUGUGCUUGCUGCUACUUCAAAAUAUGGAAGCGUUACUAGGCACUACCACUUCGAUAUAAGGCUGAAAAACGUUACCAGGCUGUGUCACACAAAGAGCAUAGUUACUGUGAAUGGGAAGUUCCCGGGGCCUCGUGUUGUUGCUAGAGAAGGAGACAGAUUAUUGGUUAAGGUGGUUAAUCAUGUUCCAAACAAUAUCAGCAUCCACUGGCAUGGAGUGAGACAACUUCGUAGUGGAUGGUCGGAUGGACCAUCUUACAUAACUCAAUGCCCCAUACAAACAGGUCAGAGUUACGUGUACAACUUCACCAUUGUUGGGCAAAGAGGAACUCUCUUCUGGCAUGCACACAUCUCGUGGUUAAGGGCUACUCUCUAUGGACCCCUCAUCAUUCUCCCAAGGCGAAACGAAUCUUACCCAUUUGCCAAACCAUACAAGCAAGUCCCCAUCCUCUUUGGAGAGUGGUGGAAUGUGGAUCCAGAGGCUGUGAUUGCACAAGCUCUUCAGACAGGGGGUGGUCCAAAUGUCUCUGAUGCCUACACCAUAAACGGACUUCCUGGCCCCUUCUACAAUUGCUCUAGUAACGACACAUUCAAGUUAAAGGUGAAAGCAGGGAAGACAUAUCUUCUCCGUUUGAUCAAUGCUGCAGUGAACGAUGAACUCUUUUUCAGCAUAGCAAACCACACCAUGACUAUUGUUGAAGCCGAUUCUUCUUAUGUUAAACCUUUCAAGUCCAACAUCAUAGUCAUUGGGCCAGGACAAACCACAAACGUACUUUUGAAGACAAAACCUUGGCACACAAAUGCCACAUUCUUCAUGCUAGCAAGGCCUUAUUUCACUGGAAUGGGUACCUUUGAUAAUUCCACGUUGGCUGGUAUUCUAGAGUACCAUACCCCAAACAGUACCACUGUUUCAGAUUCUUCAACCACUCUGAAACCAAAGCUUCCAGCCAUCAACGAUACCUCCUUUGUAGCCAAAUUCAGUAGCAGAUUUCGUAGUUUGAACAGUGCCAAGUACCCUGCUAAUGUGCCUCAAAGUGUUGACAAGAGUUUCUUCUUCACGGUAAGCCUUGGGAGCAGCCCUUGCCCAAGAAACCAAACGUGUCAAGGGCCUAAUAACAGAACAAAAUUUGCUGCUACAAUGAACAACAUAUCGUUUACUCUUCCAUCAGUAGCAAUUCUCCAACAACAUUUCCUAGGGAAGGGAAACAAUGGUGUUUAUAGCACGGACUUCCCAGUGUUCCCUCUGAGACCAUUUAACUAUACAGGGACUCCACCAAAUAACACCAUGGUGAGCAAUGGAACCAAGGUUGUUGUGAUACCCUAUCAUAGCAGAGUGCAGCUUGUGUUGCAGGACACUAGCAUUUUGGGAGCUGAGAGCCAUCCAUUACAUCUUCAUGGGUUCAAUGUGUUCCUGGUUGGUCAAGGUUUUGGGAACUUUAAUCCUAAUACAGACCCUGCAAACUUUAACCUUGUUGACCCUGUUGAGAGGAACACUGUUGGUGUUCCUUCUGGUGGUUGGGUUGCAAUACGUUUUCUAGCUGACAACCCAGGUGUUUGGUUCAUGCACUGCCACUUUGAUGUGCACAUGAGUUGGGGAUUGAGAAUGGCUUGGAUUGUCAAUGAUGGGAAACUCCCUCAUCAGAAGUUGCCUCCUCCACCGGCUGAUCUACCUAAGUGUUGA